AAAAAUUGUCUACUAUGACCUAUCCACGAAUUCAAGGCUACCCACCUUGUUCACAGUCCACAACACUUCAUUGAACAACAACAACAACAACAAUAACGACUAUUGUGUAGAUUGCUGUGGCGGCGUGACCACUGACCCCGCUCUUACGCUCUUCCUUCUCUACUGUCUACGUUUAACGGAACGAAUGGCCUCAGCAAAUUUCCAAGUAUAAUAUAUUUGCCGACACUAGAGACUUGCUGACUUAUAAGCUACACAAUUAUUCACUCGAGUCGGACGACAGUGCAUCUGUUGUCCGCAUUCCAUACAGUAUCGCGUGAUGAACAGCAAGUCUAAAAUUUAAAAGUCUUCCAAGCCAUCUUCGAGAUAAUAUGCAUCUGGACACUGCGCGUUGGUGCUUGUUGGUCUUGUGGGCUACCGUUCAAUUCCAGUGUUUAUUGUGUGUCGAUGACAACAGUCUGUUGGACGAAGGUGAAACAUUGGCCGGCCAUUCUGUACUCAACACGUUGCCUCGAUAUAUUUUAUAUGAUGUCAACAAGCCUGAAGGAUUUAAUUUACGCCGUGAUGUGUUCAUACGUAUGGCAUCUUUUAUACACCAUAUGAAUAAAGUGUCAGAUUAUCAUUGGAUUUUGGUGUUACCACCAUGGCAUCGCUUGUAUCAUUGGAGAUCAUCAAAUCUUGUGCAAGACUGUCUUCCGUGGAGUUUAUUUUUUAAUGUAGAUUCCAUCAAACAAAUUAUUCCAGUUGUUGAAUUACAUGAAUUUUUUCAAAUGAAUGGAUUAAGACCUUUGGAUGCGCAAGUUACGUUACAAGAUUUUAAUUUGAAGUCGUUUGAACAAUAUCCAGACUUUUCAGACAAAUGGGAAAUAGCCAAUUGUAAAGGUCAAGUUCAAAAAGAAUUUUGGAAUCUAAACAACCUAACAUUUACCAAAUCAUUAUGUAUAUCAUUCCAAGGAAUUUCCACUCUACUAGCUGACAUCGUUCAAGAGUUACAACCAAGAACAAUUAUAUUUGACCAUGCGGAAUUAGCAUUGCACAACUAUUAUGGUGGACAAGAGUAUUGGAUGAUUAGGAAAAGUAUGCAAUUUAGUAAUAACCUACAUGAAAUUGCUAAGGAGUUUAAGAAAAAAAAUUUAAAACAAGGUUACUUGUGUGCACAUUUGCGUCGCAGAGAUUUUUUAUAUGGUCAUCCUAGUGAUGUACCCAGUAUUAAUAAUACAGCUAGACAGAUAAAAGAGAAAUUAAGUUUAUUGAAUAAUAUUAAAACAGUUUAUAUAGCAACUGACACUUCAAAGAAAGAAUUUGAAGAACUUUAUAAUUAUUUGCAACCUUAUGAAGUGUAUAAAUUCGAAGCUGAUGAGAAAACUUUGAACAAACAUUUGGAUGGUGGGGUAGCAAUAAUUGAUCAAAUAAUAUGUUCUCAAGCAAACUAUUUUAUUGGAACAUCCAAAUCUACGUUUUCAUUCCGAAUUCAAGAGGAGAGAGAAAUUCUUGGAUUGCCAUUAGAAACUACAUUCAAUAGCUUUUGUGGAAAUAAUGUUGUUGAGUGUACACAACCAACUAAGUGGAGACUUGUUGAGUAACAAUAGUUAUACUAUAUCAGUUGACUCUUGCAAUGUAUUGUUAUACAACGAUAAACGGUUAUUUUGUUUA